AGCAUACGCAAGGAGGAAAACUAUAUGUAGGGUUCUUCCAUGACCCAAAAAAAAAACGUAUAGGGUUUUCCGUACACCCAAAAGAAAAAAAGUUAUUUCCAUUUCGGCUUCGAAGUCAAAAUUCUAACGUCCGAAUCCCAAUUAGGGUUUCUGGUUGUCCGAAACCGUUGCAGGUAGCAGCAGCUAAGCACUGAACUGAGCUAAACAAUGGAGGAACUGAAGGAAUCUCCAACACUGGGAAAACGGAAGGAACCUGAAUACGAUUCACAAUCAGAACGCACCACCGAAAUCCCAACCCAAACCAAAACACCAGAACCCCAGAAACCAACUCCGAAGAAGCCUCGAAGCUCAGCACGAACCUGCGUCCACGAAGUCGCUGUUCCCAGCGGUUACAACUCCACCAAGGACGAAUCCCUCCAUGGCACACUCUCCAACCCUGUCUAUAAUGGUCCCAUGGCCAAAACCUACCCUUUCACCCUCGACCCCUUCCAGAGUGUCUCUGUUGCGUGCCUCGAGCGCAAUGAGUCAGUGCUUGUCUCCGCCCACACCUCCGCUGGAAAAACCGCCGUCGCCGAAUACGCCAUUGCAAUGUCGUUCAGGGACAAGCAGAGAGUCAUCUACACUUCGCCCCUGAAGGCUCUCAGCAACCAGAAGUACCGGGAGCUCUAUCAGGAGUUCAAAGAUGUUGGCCUUAUGACCGGUGAUGUUACCCUUUCGCCUAACGCCACUUGCCUUGUUAUGACUACUGAGAUUCUUAGGGGUAUGCUUUACAGGGGCUCUGAGGUUUUGAAGGAAGUUGCUUGGGUUAUCUUUGAUGAGAUUCAUUAUAUGAAGGAUCGUGAGAGGGGUGUUGUUUGGGAAGAGAGUAUAAUCUUUUUGCCGCCCGCUAUUAAGAUGGUUUUUUUGUCUGCAACUAUGUCGAAUGCAACCGAGUUUGCAGAGUGGAUUUGUAAUAUUCACAAGCAGCCUUGCCAUGUUGUGUACACUGACUUUAGGCCUACUCCUUUGCAGCACUAUGUUUUCCCCGUGGGGGGCAGUGGAUUGUAUUUGGUUGUUGAUGAAAAUGAGCAGUUCAGGGAGGAGAAUUUCUUGAAGCUGCAGGAUACUUUUUCAAAGCAGAAAGUGGUCGACAGAGGCAGGGGUGCUAAAUCCAAUGGCAAACAUGGAAAAGGAGGUUCUGGCGGGUCAGACAUAUACAAGAUUGUCAAGAUGAUAAUGGAACGGAAAUUCCAACCUGUUAUCAUAUUUAGCUUCAGCAGAAGAGAGUGUGAACAGCAUGCAAUGUCGAUGUCUAAGCUUGACUUCAAUACCCAAGAGGAGAAGGACACAGUGGAAGAUGUUUUUCGCAGUGCAGUGCUCUGUUUGAAUGAAGAUGACAGGAGCUUACCGGCAAUUGAGUUGAUGUUGCCACUCCUUCAGCGAGGGAUUGCUGUCCAUCAUUCUGGCCUUCUUCCUGUCAUCAAAGAAUUGGUUGAGCUUCUCUUCCAGGAAGGCCUUGUAAAGGCCCUCUUUGCUACUGAGACAUUUGCAAUGGGUUUGAAUAUGCCAGCAAAAACUGUUGUGUUCACUGCCGUUAAAAAGUGGGAUGGUGAUAGUCACCGAUAUAUUGGAUCCGGUGAAUAUAUACAGAUGAGUGGAAGAGCUGGGCGUCGUGGCAAGGAUGAGCGCGGAAUUUGUAUCAUAAUGAUUGAUGAGCAAAUGGAAAUGAAUAACCUCAAGGAAAUGGUUUUGGGUAAACCUGCGCCUUUAGUUAGUACUUUCAGGUUAAGCUACUACUCAAUUUUAAAUUUGAUGAGCCGUGCUGAAGGCCAGUUCACUGCGGAACACGUGAUAAAAAAUUCAUUUCAUCAAUUUCAAUAUGAAAAGGCCUUACCUGGUAUAGGGAAAAGGGUGUCAAAGCUAGAGGAAGAAGUAGCUUUGCUUGAUGCUUCAGGGGAGGCUGAAGUAUCUGAAUAUCAUAAGCUGAAACUGGAAAUUGCACAGCUUGAAAAGAAGAUGAUGGCACAAAUAAUAAGACCUGAAAUGAUUCUUUAUUUUCUUGUCCCUGGUCGAUUGAUCAGAGUGAGAGAAGGUGGAACUGAUUGGGGCUGGGGUGUUGUUGUCAAUGUUGUUAAGAAACCUGCUGGUGGUGGUUAUAUAGUUGAUACUUUGCUUCAUUGUUCACCUAGUUCAAAUGAAAAUAGCUCACGGCCAAAGCCAUGUCCGCCUCGCCCUGGAGAGAAAGGUGAAAUGCAUGUGGUCCCUGUUCAAUUACCAUUAAUUGCUGCUCUUAGUAAAUUGAGGGUCUCCAUACCUCCUGACCUUCGGCCCUUGGAAGCAAGGCAGAGCAUAUUGCUUGCUGUACAGGAGCUGGGCAACCGUUUUCCUCAAGGUCUUCCAAAGCUUAACCCUGUGAAGGACAUGGACAUACGUGAUUCUGUGAUAGUUGAGCUUGUAACUCAAAUCGAGGAACUCGAGAAAAAAUUAUUUUCUCAUCCUAUGCAUAAGCACCAAGAUGUGGAUCAAAUUAAGUGCUUUCAGAGGAAAGCAGAAGUAAAUCAUGAAAUUCAGCAACUGAAGACGAAAAUGCGUGAUUCUCAGCUACAAAAAUUUCGUGAAGAAUUAAAGAAUCGCUCACGGGUCUUGAAGAAGCUUGGUCACAUUGAUGCUGAUGGUGUAGUUCAGUUGAAGGGACGGGCAGCCUGCUUGAUUGACACGGGCGAUGAACUCCUUGUCACUGAAUUAAUGUUUAAUGGUACCUUCAAUGAUCUUGACCAUCAUCAAGUUGCUGCCCUUGCAAGUUGUUUUAUACCAGGAGAUAAAUCAACUGAGCAGAUACAACUGAGAACUGAGCUUGCUAGACCUCUUCAACAGCUUCAAGAUAGUGCAAGAAGGAUAGCAGAGAUACAACAUGAAUGCAAAUUGGAUAUAAAUGUGAACGAGUACGUAGAGUCAACAGUGAGGCCAUACUUGAUGGAUGUAAUAUACUCUUGGUCAAAGGGUGCAAAUUUUGCUGAUGUUAUACAAAUGACUGACGUCUUUGAGGGAAGUAUCAUCAGGAGUGCUAGAAGGCUUGAUGAGUUUUUGAAUCAGUUGCGUGCUGCUGCUAAUGCAGUUGGGGAGGUCGAUUUGGAGAAGAAAUUUACAGCAGCAGGUGAAAGCCUUCGACGAGGAAUUAUGUUUGCAAAUUCUCUGUACCUAUGAUUUGUCGCCUGCAGAGUUCAUUGGCUCCAUUCCUUAAUUAUGGCCGCUACAGUUUUUGGGUUGCAUUCCAUUUUUCUGGGUGCACUAAUCUUUUCCUUGUAAAUAUGCAAUUCUUAAUUCAGAUCAUAUACAGUCACCAUUAGUGAAGGGAAGUGAUUGUAGAAUCAGAAAAUUCCCGUCAGUAGAAGUCCUAGUGUGGGAUCAUGUAGGGUUAUGAAAUUUUGUAUCCACUUAGAAGGUUCAGAUUGGUAGCAUAUUUCACCCGUCAGAAGCUUGUAGCGGAGAAGAAUACGAGAUUCAAUCAUUAACUUGCAGAGGACUGAGGGGAGUCAUGUUGACUUGUAAUUUUUGAGAAUUUUUAGAAAGAAAUUUUGGAUUUACUGUAAGUUGUAUGCCAUGCUCCUUCAUUUUCAUUUGA